AUGCCCCAGGGACUGCACUGUGCCACGGGGGAUGGAGGGAGAGAGUGCGUGGGGUGCAGCCUGGGUUCUGUCUCUAAUGUACAUUCUGGAGAUGGGAGGCAGCUCACCAUCACCUGUCAUCUGGUGCUGUGUGCUCUUGCAGGGUUAGGAACCAUCAGUUUGAAUAGUGAGGAGGCUGUCGAAUACAACUACACGUUCUCCUAUUUUCUUACUCCAGAUUCCAUGCAUGGAUUAUACAACCACGUGCUUUGAGGAUCUCGCAGUCUCCUGACCUUCUGCUGGAGCCCUGUGUGUACCUAAGCAGCACAGCUCAGCCUUGUGCCCAGGAAGCAGCCUGUGCUGCUUGGAGAGGCCGAAUGGAAGACUGAGCAUGAAGAAUGUGCUGAUCUGCUGAAGACGUGUUGGUUGUUUGUUAACUUUCAGAGGAUUUGAUUUCACUAAGACGCUGUGUUACUGAUGGCGAGCAGCCCCUGGGCUCACCUUCCCUGGUGUGUGGUGAUGGGAGCCAAACAGCAGCGCUGAGGGGAGAGGAAGAGAAGCAUCAGCCUGCGACAACAUGGCCCCGCGUGCUGGCCCACCUGAUGGUGGCUGGGGCUGGAUGAUCGUGGCCGGCUGCUUCCUGGUCACUAUCUGCACCAGGGCUGUGACGAGGUGCAUCUCCAUUUUCUUUGUGGAGUUCCAGGCAUAUUUUGGGCAGGAUUAUGCCAGAACAGCUUGGAUCCACUCCAUUGUCGACUGUGCCACGAUGCUCUGUGCCCCGCUUGGGAGUUUAAUCAGUAAUCAUGUAUCCUGCCAAGUUGGUAUCAUGCUAGGAGGGCUGCUCGCAUCUGCUGGACUAAUUCUGAGUUCCUUUGCCACCAGCCUGGAGCAUCUCUAUUUAUCAUUAGGAGUCCUUACAGGACUUGGAUUUGCUCUCUGUUAUUCUCCAGCUAUUGCAAUGGUGGGCAAAUACUUCAACAAAAGGAAAGCACUGGCUUAUGGAAUAGCUAUGUCUGGAAGUGGAAUCGGUACCUUCAUCCUGGCUCCUGUGGUCCAACUCUUAAUCGAGCAGUUUUCCUGGCGUGGGGCAUUACUUAUCCUAGGAGGUUUUGUCCUAAAUCUCUGUGUCUGUGGUGCCUUGAUGCGGCCUAUUGCCCUUGAGGAGGACCAUAAAACUGUUCCAGGGCUUCUUGAACAAAAUUAUGUCCCUAAAGCACAGAAACGAGACUUGAAGCGAAUGUCUCUCUGUUCACCUUUAAUCAAAACUUGGUCACAUGAGUGUUUAUGCUACUGUUCAUGGAAAGAAUACGACUUUUUACUGAUGCCGGGCUUCAUGGUGCUAGCAGUGUCUGUGUUAUUUAUGGCAUAUGGCUGCAGCCCUCUGUUUGUCUACUUAGUGCCUUAUGCUUUGAGCGUUGGAGUGAGCCAUCACCAGGCUGCCUUCCUCAUGUCCAUACUUGGUGUCAUUGAUAUCAUUGGUAAUAUCACCUUUGGAUGGCUAACAGACAGAAGGUGUCUGAAGAAGUAUCGGUACUUCUGCUACCUCUUUGCUGUAGGAAUGGAUGGCCUCUGCUGUCUUUUCCUACCAGUUCUCCAAAACUUCCCCUUGCUUGUGCCUUUCUCAUUUACCUUUGGAUACUUUGAUGGAGCCUAUGUAACACUGAUCCCUGUUGUGACAGCGGAUGUAGUGGGAACUUCUUCUUUAUCAUCAGCACUGGGUGUUGUGUACUUCCUGCACGCCAUACCGUAUCUAGUGAGCCCACCUGUUGCAGGUUGGCUUGUGGAUACAACUGGCAGUUACACGGCAUCAUUCCUCCUGUGUGGAUUUUCUAUGAUAUUUAGUUCAAUGUUAUUAUGUUUUGCGAGACUGGCAAAGAAAAUGAAGAGAACACGUUUGAAGUCGCUCUCCAAUGAUACUCACAGCAAACAGCACAUCUGGACAAAUGGAGCAAUAGCUUAUUCUGUCACAGGAGAAUUAGACCAAAAGGAUGCUGAAUUUUUGCCUGUGGAUACAAACAGCUACAGCAACAGAUGACGAGCGCUGUCAAGAUUCAGCACUGUGCGGCCACAACUGAGACGGAAGAGACCGCAUCACAUUGCAGUGCUGAAGAUGAUAGUCCUAGGACACAGGGCAUCUCAGUUAGAUAUUUCUGUCGUGUUUUGGUAGGCUAGAAUCUGCAAACAGCAUAGGAAGUUGAAGCGGUAGUAGAUCAAAACUAUACUGAGAAUAGAGUUGGUAAAUAAAGGUUUCAACAAAUUUAGUUCUAAAGCAGUAUGUUGACUCCACAGGUAACCUGAAAAAAACAUAAUUGGCUACAGUGAAAACAAUGAAGUAAUCAGUCACCAAAGAUGAACAGCAAUAUUUAAAUUAUUUAAAAGUAGUAUUAAUGAAAAAGGCAUUUCAGUGUUCUGGUCUGUCAGGUUUCAGUGGAGUAAUCACGGAUGCCACAUGAAAGCCUCUCCAUUUUUCAGGCUGCAUCAAACUUUGUGCCAAUGACUGUUUUGAAUGCCAAAGCCAUUUUUUAGAAAAUCUGACAGGAAUCUGUGAUUUAUGCUGAAAGUGUAUCUGAAGCAGCUUUAAUUUCUACAAUGUGCCUGAAUCUUGUACAUACGUUACAACUUCAUUUCAAAGGUGGCUUGAGAGCUGCUUUCUCACUCCCCCUGCAGCAAAAUGUUCAGGUGGUUCCUGACGGUUUUUGGUUGGUUGUGUUUUUCCCUGGAAACCUCUAAAGAAUGAAUUUCUGAAUGUUGACAUUCCAGAUGUGAUCCUCCAACUGGUGUUUUCUGAGUGGGUGUAAGAGGGAUCAUGGCUGCUCUGCCAUCUGAACAUCACUAGGUUUUAGGAAAAAUUAGAUCUGUGCAAGCAGAUUACCAAGAGGUAAUAGCUCACCACACCAGCUAUUAGUAAAGAGAAUGUUGGCUGACAAGUUGCUCCUGUGUAUUGCAACAGCCCUUUUUUUGCACCUGGGAGCUGUAUCUUUAGUCUUGCACCAUCUGAUCAGGUCACUUGUCCUGGCCAGAAAGCAACAGCUACAGUUUGCUGAUGAUUUCCUGCUCCUUGUGCUAGGGAUAUUUACUACAGCUGGCUACUUUGUGGGACCUGGAGACUGAAUGUAGCUCAUGAGGUGAAUUAUCAGUGGUUGGUUUAUUAAAAAUGGGAUGCUUCUACAUUUCCAAGGUGAAAACAUUCUGAGAUGCAGAUUUUCUUUCUGUUUGAUGAUGUUUAAAGCUAUAUUCUGUUCAUUAGCAAAUUGAUUGGAGUCCAGAUAAGUUUCGUUAAUGCUGUAAUGUUGUUGAUUGCCUGCAGUACGCUUGGUGUUUUCUGUUGGUGUCCAAUUCCAUUCUGUGCCUCAAGGGGGAGACCAAUGUGGGCUGCUGUUCACAACUUUGAUUUAUAUGAGAGAACAGCCACGGGGUCAUAAUGUAUUUUAUAUCUAUCAAUACUGUGUGUAUCGAUUACUUCUAUUUUUCAUGCAUAUUCCAAAUACAGUGCAUUAAAACUGUUUGACUUCAGCUGUCUGUGCUCAAAGCUGCUUAAAACUACCAGUACAGCCUUUAUUCAGUUCUGUGUGGCAAAUGAGUUUUAGGUCCUAAGUUUCAUUUUAACGUAUGUUGAUAAAAAGACAAAAAAAAAAAAACAAAAACAUUUGGUGUUUUAUGAGUUGGACACAAUAUGCACACUUGGAAGAAAAAAAAAGUUAUAGUUACUAGUAGUGAUGAAAAUAUUGUUUUAGAUCCCAAUUUUGUAUCAGAAAAUAGGGAGUAAUGUGGUCUGUAAGAGAUUAUUUCACCAGUUUAUAAGUUAUCGAAUACUUGUUUUACAAAAGUUUAGUUGUGUGGUUUUCUUUACCAUAUCAUGAUAUGUCAACAGUUGUUGGUGCCAUGACUGUGUGUUGUAAAAUCCUGUUGGAAUAUUGCUA